UGCUGCUGCCCUGAUUACACCGUGUACUUUCCUCGCACGUUUCUGUGUCCCCUCUCUCUCACUACUCCCCGCCCUCAAGAAGAAAAAAAAUAAGGCAAUUAUACAACUCACUCUCCCCCCUCCUCCCCGGCUACCUCUCCUAUCAACAUAUACUGCUUCUUCCACAUGCAGUGGAGUACUGGGCCCCGGUGCACCGGCUCCAGCCAUGUCGGCGAGGAAUGCAGCGGCUGGUGGCGGUGACAGAGCGAUAGGGGAACGGACAGGGGACGUGCUGGUGGAGCAAAACCAAAGCCUCUCUUUGUCGGUGCCCAGCUUGAUGCCUGCCUCCUCAGCUGCUGCUCUGUCCUCGGGCACAGAGCUGCCUCGCAAACGCAAGGGCAGUAUGGACACCCAAGAAACCAAAUCGUCCUCUUUCCUGGAUGUGGAGAUGGAUGAGGAUCCGGACGGGUCUGAAGGAGAGGACCAACACGUGAAGAUCAAGUGCUUCAGGGAGCCCCACAGUCAGAUUGAGAAGCGACGGCGAGACAAGAUGAACAACCUUAUCGAUGAGCUGUCUGCCAUGAUCCCCACCUGCAACCCCAUGUCCCGCAAGCUGGACAAGCUGACGGUGCUGCGAAUGGCCGUGCAGCACCUCAAGUCUCUCAAAGGUUCCACCAGUUCCUUUACAGAAGCCAACUACAAGCCGUCCUUCCUCCCCGACGAGGAGCUCAAGCACUUGGUCCUCAAGGCUGCAGAUGGGUUUUUGUUUGUGGUGGGCUGUGAUCGAGGUAAAAUAGUCUUUGUCUCAGAGUCCGUCAGCAAGAUACUCAACUACUGUCGGACGGAGCUGAUUGGUCAGAGUCUGUUUGACUAUGUCCACCCUAAGGACAUCAGCAAGGUGAAGGAGCAGCUGUCUGCUUCGGAGCUCUACCCUCGUGAGAGACUCAUAGAUGCCAAGACGGGGCUCGAGGUGCAGGCUGAGCUCCCUCUGGGUGCUGCCCGUCUGGGCUCAGGGGCUCGCCGCUCCUUCUUCUGCCACAUGAAGUACAACAAGGUCUCCGUCAAGAUCGAGAAGAAGGAGUUCCAGCCCAGCAGCUCCAAAAAGAAAGAGUCUCAGCGGUACUGCACGGUCCACUGCACAGGAUACAUGCGGAGCUGGCCCUCCAGCCAGCUGGGGAUGGAGGGGGAGGGGGAGGCCGACAAGGACAGCUCCCACUUCAGCUGCCUGGUGGCAGUCGGCCGGGUCCACCCCCGGCUCUACCCCCAGGCCAAUGGGGAGGUUCGAGUCACACCCACUGAGUUUGUCACACGCUACGCCAUGGACGGCAAGUUCACCUUCGUCGACCAACGUGCCACCACCAUUCUGGGCUAUCUCCCCCAGGAGCUGCUGGGUACCUCCUGCUAUGAGUACUUCCAUCAGGAUGACCUACCACAUCUAGCGGACCGCCAUCGUAAAGUGCUGCGGUGUAAAGAAAGAAUUGACACAAAUUGCUAUAAAUUCAAAACAAAAUAUGGCUCUUUUGUCACUCUACGAAGUCAGUGGUUUAGUUUUGUAAAUCCUUGGACCAAAGAAGUAGAAUACAUAGUGUCAACUAAUACCGUCAUAUUAAGCGACCACAGUAGCCCGGGUAGAGCAGAAGUGAACCCUCAACAGACAAGCCUUCCCAAGACCUCUGAAGAUGACUGUAAGAAGUCUCUUCCCAUCAUCCCUGGGAUCCCUAACACCCCUGGUACCAUGAUCUACGCCGGCAGCAUCGGCACGCACAUUGCUAACGAGCUGCUAGACUAUAACAGGAUGAACUCAUCCCCAUCCAGUGGUAAUGUCAGUCCCUUCAACAUGCAUCAGGAUAAGUCGCCAAUGACUCAUCCCCAGACCAGCAGCAACGUGCCAAACGGAGAGGCGAUGGACAAUGAGAUGCCAGGAAAGUCCAACACUGAGGACGAACUGCAGGAUGGUCCUGUCUCUGCUGGAGAAUCACUGGGGGACAACGCUCAGCUGGACCUGGACAGUGUUGUGGGCCCCGGGCUCGGUGGCCUUAGCAACGACGAGGCCGCCAUGGCGGUCAUCAUGAGCCUGCUGGAGACGGACGCCAACCUGGGCGAGGCUGUGGACUUCGACGAGAUGCACUGGUCACUCUAGAACGUCUCAGGGGCCUCUGUGUAAUCUCCUCCUUCAUCCAUCAGACCAUCAAUUUUUU